AUGGACACGGACACGCAAACAUUAUCCGAAGGUGUAAAGCACAUCAUUCGACUGAAUAAAGAAACGUUAUUGAAAUUAUUACCAGAAACAGCAACUAUUGACUGCGAUGAUAUAGCGGCAUUUAGCAUUAAGGCUAAUCUAUUAUCACUUAAUGCGGAUGACAUUGUUCUACUGGAUAAAUUAACAAAUGAUAUAUCAAUCAUUGUUAACGAGUUAAAAACAAAUAUCUCAACAGUGCACUUCAAUUAUCUACUAGACUACUUACAUGAAUUUAAAUUUGUUGAUAGCAAAUUUUUAGAUUCAUUAACAGUCGAUGAUCUAUAUCCAUUUUUAUAUGGAUUGAGUGGUUUUUUGUCAUCAUUAACAGUUUAUGGGUCAGCAUCGAAUGGUAAUUUAGAUAUUGUCAAGAAUUUUCUCAGUAAACAUCCUGUCUACAAAGAUAAGCCCGGUUUAAAGGGUGAAACACUGUUGUAUUUAGCGGUUAUUUCUCGACAUAUGCAGUUAGUUGAUUAUUUGAUUCGAACAAUCAAAUGUUCAGUAGAUGCUCAAAAUGGUUUGAAUCAAUCAAGUGCUGGAGACACAGCAUUGCAUGGAGCGUGCAUAUACGCACAUUUCGAUAUGAUAAAAUAUUUAAUUAAACAUAGUGCAAAUUGUUACAUUAAAAAUCAAGCAAAUAAAACACCAUUUAUGGAAUUGGAUUCUAAAAAUGAGGAUGUUGUUAAUUGGAUAAAGAAUAAUUUCAUUAUCAGUUAUAUAGAUAAAAAUUCUGACCAAUUACCGGUGUGUACAUUAGAAGAACUAGAACCUAAAAAGGAUUGUGUUUGGGAAUAUAAAAGACACGACAGUGAAAAUUGGAAUCAAUUACAAAAUUUUGAUUCAAUAAAUGCUGCCUUAUCAACACCCGACAAAGAUUUUGAUACAACAGUUUAUUUGCCCAGCGAUUCAGGAACAUUGUACAACAUAUCUUUGGUCAAAUUUUUGAGAUCAAGAAACAAUAGUGAUCGGUUAGCGUGGAUACGUUGUCGCGGAUCAAGUUUUUAUAAUUUUGAUAUAGAUCCUAUGUGGCAAUUUAUGUUACUAAAGCAUACGAACAAUAAUCAACAGUCAUCAUCACUUUUGAGUACUGAUAAAAUUUAUGAGUUGAAUACUUGGUACGAUUGGAAUGCAAGAUCAUGUGAAACAAUUGAUAAAAUUAUGAAUAAUCGAUUCAGACGAGUUGCUAUUGAAUUAAGCACUAUUGGAAACGUUGAAUUAGAUUUAAGAAAAUUUACAUUCGAAAAUAGCAAUAAAACAACUUACGGUCAUCUAAGAUGGUUACCUAACUAUCUAUCAAUAGAAUCUGAUUCGACUACUGAUAAGAUGAAUUUACAUCAACGCUGUGUACCGAAACGUCGAAAAGAUGAUGUUCUAGAAAAGUUGGCGUCCAAUUUAACAGAAAUAGAUGACGAAGAUAAUAUUGCAUCAGAAGACAAACAACAGUCGAACUCUAACCAGCAGCAGGAUAUUAUAAUGCCACUGUCGGACAACGAUCGCAAAAUGCACACCACUGUCGAGCGCAUCCCACCAAUUGUAAUUAACGACCAUCGAUCGGUACAUAAUCAAACGGCUCGACAGUUAAUUGUAAGUAGCAUUCAGACAAAAGAAGGUGAACGAAAUCGUAUAAAAGCCAACAUAAAGAUCUACCGAAAAGAGCUAGAGAAAGCUGAACAAGAAUUAAAAAAUAUUAAAACAGAAAAAGAAUUGAAAGAAAGCAAAAGAAAUUUAAUUGAAAAAUUAAUUGGAAAAACGCGUGCAGCUCAGGAGGAAGAAAAUGAACAACUGCGACAAGAAAAGCAGCAAGAACAAAAAAUAAAAGAAUUAGAAUCCGAAAAUGAAAGAUUAAAUGUAAAACUGAACGAUAAACAGAAUUCUAUUAACGAAUGGAAAGAAAAACAUAAACAGUUGGAUGAGCGAGAAAAAGAACUGAAUGAUAUAUUGAAUGCAAUUAUUACAGUUGAUUAUGAGUUUCCCGCAAAGGAAUAUUUAUUAACAACAGCAGGCACAUUUCGCGAAUCUUUGAAAAGUAUUCAAUGUCAUUAUGAUGAAUAUAUUUUUGAUUUACCAAGUGUAACUGUACUCGAAAGUGUGAGGGAUGAAAGGUUUUGUACAUUUAGAGUUAAAGGUUUUCACGAACAUCAUAACGAGAUGGCUGUGAUACAAAAAAACAUCUAUGAACUUAUUAACACUAUACAUUCCGAACAAUCUGAUCAUUGGAUAAGUAUCAAAGACCAUGUUAGAUCAACAGUGAGAGAAUUGCAGUCUGUUAAUUGCCGAUGGGACAUGAAAAGUGAUUGGAUCCGUUAUUCUACUCAACUAAUGAAUUCAAUACUUGCUAAACAAGAACAACUUACCGAAACAUUUAAUAAGACGUUAGAUGAAACUUGUAUAACAUUAGUGAAAGUUUGUAUAAAAAACACUGACAAACAAUGGAGACAACAACUAUAUAGUGCAGUUGCGCGUAAUGCACAAAUUCAUUCGUUCAAAAACGCUGUAAAAAACGCAAAGCAUUUAGCAUUAGAGGACUAUAUAAACAAAAUUGAAGUCAACAAUAUAGCAACUGGUAAAUCCAUUCACGUUCGAGACCAACAUCUAAGAAAUUUAGUUGCCACAUUUAAAGAGGAACAAGAAUCUCGUGCUUCUGACGCAAAUCAGUAUAAUAAUAUACCAGCUUUCUUACAACGUAUAAACAUUUAUUUUCGCUGUUUCGCGUUGCAGUUACCAUUAUUUGAGUCAUCCAUUGAACUACUCGAAAAAAUAGAGCAGAAAACAGUUGUAACAAUUUCAACGCCAACCGGCUCAGGAAAAUCAACAUUAUUACCAGCAUUACUACUCGCUAGUGGCUACGAUAAAAUUAUUGUUACUCAGCCUAGACGAUUUCCGUGCACGCAAAUAUCAGAACGAGUGAAUUCAACGAUUGGUGAAAUAAGUGGUUGGUGUGUAUCGGGAGCACAGUCGAACAGUCGCUCUCCCAUUCUAUAUUUAACUGACGGUUUAUUGAAAGAUUAUCUACAAUUUAAUCAAAAUUUUAUUACACAACAAGUUAAAUUUGAUCGACGUUUCGUGAUAAUGCUUGAUGAAGUUCACGAACGUUCAGUUAAUAUUGACUUAUGCAUUGCGUUGAUAAUUCGUCUAUUAACAACACAGCCAUAUUUAAAUCAUCGGCUGAAAAUAAUUAUAUCAUCAGCAACAUUAGACAACGCCAUCUGUAAGAAAUUUGAAUCAAUCGAACAAUGUUCGGUAUAUCAGUUUAGCAUAACAAUGCCACCACUCUAUGACGUCGUAUUGCAUCACACAACGAAAAGCAUACUGGAAUUGGUGCUAGACUUAUAUAAAAAAUGUGAGAAAAGCUAUGAACAAAUUUUGUGUUUUGUUAAGUCAGUACAAGAAGUUUUUGAAUUAAUCAAAUUAUUAUCCGAAUUGAGUAAUGGUACUAUAACAGCUUAUCCAUUAAUUCAAUCGCAGUCUGCAGUGUAUCAAAAAAACAUUAUCGAACAUAAGAAAGUUUUUUUCUCAACAACUGUGGCCGAGACAUCAUUAACAUUCCCACAUUUACGUUACGUGGUUGAUUCGGGGGUGCUUCAUUUACCUGUCUAUGAUCCUGAAAAGAACAGAACCAUAUUAAAAGAAGUUUUUGCUUCUGAAUCAACGAUAAAGCAACGACGUGGUAGAUUAGGACGAACGCAACCAGGUGAUUAUUAUGCAUUAUAUGAUGUCGCGGAAUCAAAUCGAACCCAUCCAAUACCUCAGAUAUGUCAAAUGGAUUUAGUAAACAUCGAAUUCUCGUUAAGAAAAGCGCCACUGAAAAUGAGUUUGAAUGAUUUGAAAUAUUGUUUACCAGAUCCGCCCGAACAAUCAAUACUGACCAUGGCAAUAAAACAGCUACAACAGUUAGAUAUACUAGAUGAUACUAAUGACCACUUUACACCAUAUGGGUUAGCAAUAAGUAAAUUACCAGAUUUUGGUAGUUUAUCAAUGUCUAUUGCUGUAUUUUCAGCAUUAACAGAUUACAAUUGCGGUCAAGAUUUAAUUCGCUUAGCAUCAAUAUUGGGUGUAUUAAAUACCUCUAACAUCUUAAAGCAAUUACCAGCACGUUACAAAUCUGCUGAUGGCGAUUUUAUGACAGUAUUAAACGUAAUGAAUGAUGUAUUAGCUAUUAAACACAAUUUAUCAUCUAGAGAAUUCAAUAAAUGUAUUUACAACAUAUGUGAUCAAAAAGGCUUGUCUUCGGUUAAGCAUAUUCUCAAACAAGCUAUCAGACGUCUCUCAUCAUUGGAACAAUCAUUUAAUAUCUGUGAUAAAUAUCGCUUUGCAGCACAUAUAUCCUGUGGUGGUAAAUGGGAAUGUAUUGCUCGAGCCCUACUUCAAGGUUAUACUGACAAUACGUUUGUUUCUAUGAAAGAUUUACAAGGCAAAACGCAUAAUUUUGUUCGCUAUAAUCAUCUGUUUGAUAAUGCUGUAUUAGAUUUUUCAUCCACACUUAACCGUCCAAUGAGUGAAACGCCAGUAUCAAUAAUUUUAGCACGUGAUGUAAGAUAUUCAACAGCUGUCCGUCAAAUUGCCCUGUUAUCAUUCGUUGGCGAAGUAAAAUCAACUUGGCUAGAAAAUCGAAUAUGUCGGGCUUUCAACGGCAACGAGGAAGAAAAACAACAGUUUCUUGGAAUAUAUCCACUUUUGAGUAAAGACGUUGUACAUGUAGAAAUACUGGUGGACAAUAAUAAACUAAAACUAUCGGGUAAAGUGGGUGAUGUUCUAGAUUUGGAACUAUUGUUGAAACGUCAGUUACUUACUACGCGAAAAUUCACGAUUCUAAACGGUUUGAACAUACAUGAGAAUUAUAAACGAAAUGUUGAGAGUCUAGCGUGCAUACCUCACAUAUUUAAUCCUCUUAAAUGGAGAUGGAAAGCACAAGAACAAGUGGAUAUUGUCAUUAAUACGUUAAAUACAUCAAUUGAAGUUAUACAAAGUAUGAUCUUACAUGUGCCUGCACUAGUGAGUUUGGAGUAUAAAUAUGGUUUGAGAACUGUAUUGACACUUCGCGUAGUGGAGACUGAUAGCAAAAAAGCUUUGUUAUA